AUGGAGCAACGCCAAGCCAAAAUAACGACAAAGCCCCACGAAAGACGAAGGCGGCACAGAGUUAUUAACUCAUGUUUAGAAUGUCGAAGGCGAAAGUUGAAGUGUGAUAAAGGGGAAGUAUGUGUGAAUUGCCGGACUCAUGGCCGCCAAUGUAUUUACAUUUCAACAGCAGCUGGAGACUCUCACCUUCGUCAAAAGCUUGCUCAGGUGAAAGAUGCCAGAGACUCACUUGACAAGGUUUUGCUUAGCACCACUGCUGAGGGAGCUGCAAAAGAGCAGCAAUCUCGCCGAGACCAGCUUUUGCAAAACUCCAAUACGCCAAUUGCAAGUGUCGAAGGAGAACUCGAUGGCAAUGGGGCCGGCAAUUCGGACGACGAGAGUUUUCUGGAACCCACACCACUCGCUAUUCCAGACGCAGCCUACGCCGCUAAUGAAAGCGAUGAAUUUGAUGACCUCGGAUUCCUUUUAGGCCGGAUGAGGCUGGGGGAUAGAGUUGGUGGAUUGUAUCGUCCAAGAAUUGGAGAUGAGAUUGGCCAAUCGCUUCACAAUCAGUCACCUCGAAGCAAAGCGGCUUUGAAAACAACAAAACAACAAAUAAAUUCGGCAGCGUCCUCAAGCCGCAAUUCCUUGGAGCCGCCGGAUGUAUUUGCCGUCCCCUCAAUGGCUGUAAUACUCGGUGCAACUCCAUCAGAUGGCGAAUGGAUAGCAUUACUCCCCUCAAGAACAGUCUCUGACAGACUACUUGAACAUUACUGGUUUUCAGUUCAUCCAGUCGCGCGGACACUACAUAGACCUACUUUUGCGCAACGUUAUGAGACGCUUUGGGAAUUGAUGGAUGCUCGAGCAGAUAUCUCCGCCUCUCUCGGUGCUAUCGUAUUGGCUGUCCUGUUUUCUGCCGUCGUAAGUAUGGAUUCAGAGGAUGUUUCCAUCCGCAUUUCCUCUUCUAAACAAGAACUAUGCAGCCGACUACAACUAGGAGUCGAGCUAGCACUCAGUCAAGCUAAUCUGCUGCGAUCAAACAAGAUGGAAACCCUUCAAGCUUUUGUAACAUACCUGCUUCCAACUUGUCUUGACAUAUCCCGUGCCCAUUCUGCAUUGGUUGGCUUAGCAAUUCGCUUGGCCGAAUGUAUGGGGUAUCAUAGAGAUCCUUCUGAAUAUGGGUUUUCUCCCUCUGAGUGUCAGGUGAGGCGGCUGAUCUGGUAUCAAAUAUGCUAUCUGGACUUGAAGACAAGCGACACACAGGGACCUCGGCCCUUUGUUCAAUCAAAUGGGUAUUCAACGAAGCUCCCUCUUGAGAUAAAUCCCCGUGCAGCUUCGUCUUCUCCAACUCCUGGUCCAGUGACAAGAUGGAGCGAAUUGGUCUUUUCUGCAAUAAGAUUCGAGUGCCAGGAAAUGCAACGCUCUUGUUUAGUCAUGAGAAAGCGCAUCGAUCUCAAGAAAUUAAGUCUUAUAGAAGUCAUCUCGAAGAUCGAACGGUUCAAUAACGAGAUGCACGAAAAAUAUGAUUCAGCCCUAAAUGAAGAACCUCAACAACCAUUGCAACACGCGGCACGAGUGGUAAUGAAACUAUUCAUCAGUCUUCUCUAUCUCGCACCUCUACAUCGGUAUAUGAAUAGUGUCACAUACAGCAUGCCUGACCGGUUGCGCCAAAUCGUCCUAGUAAAAGGCACUGAAGCACUCGAAGCUGCUCUAGAAUUGGAGACAGCGCAUGAUCUUCGUCCAUGGGCUUGGUAUAGUCGUGCAUAUCAGCAGUAUCACACGGCACUGCUGUUAUUAUUCGAGGUCUUCACAUUCCCACUACGAAGAGAAGCAGAUCGCAUCUGGAGGUGUCUUGACUUCAUCUUUGCCGGCCCGCUGGCAAAUUUCACAGAUCUGCCCGCCCUAGGAAACCCUCCAAAAUAUCAUGAAGUUCUAACUCUAAGAGAAGCCAAGGGACGAUAUCUUUUAUGUGCUAUUAGCACAGGGAUGCAGGAAUACAGCAGCCGGAGAGGUUUAAGGUCACCUGUGACAAUGACAGAUUCUAUGAUUCUUGUUUCACCGCGAAAAGCUGGUGAGGAUUCUGAUCCCAGUCGACCCCUCAAUUUCGCACAUGGAAUGCCAGCAGAUAUCCUACCACGUGUGGCAUCCCAGUUUAAUACAAGAGAUAUUGCUUCCGAAUCCAAUCCUUUUAACGUCGAAGUUUCAUUGGAACAACACGAAGAUGGUACGAUCAACAAUAAAGAUAUACCACAAUUCCUAUGGGCACCAGCCCUGGACACACCUAUUACACUGCACGCCGGUCACCAGGUUACUUCUGACUUUAGUCAUGUUGAUACUUCAAUUCCCGGACCUGGUUACCUACAUCAUACCACAGUGGGAUCGCAAACUACUUCUACUUCAGCAUAUUCUCAGCCAGGCUACAUCGUAGGCCCCGGGCAGGAAAUGCUUGAUAUCGAUUGGGGAUUGUGGGAUACAAUGUUCCCUCCAGGGGUUUUCGAUGGAAAUCUCGAUCUGUCUGAUGUCGAUAUGGAAGGAUAUGCUGUUGUUUGA